AUGGUGAAAUAUGGUCAAGUAUUGAACAACGUAUAUUUGAAAUAUGUCGAGAAAUAUUUCAUUCUGCAACAGUCGAGCAGCCACCAUUUGAUAUUGGUUCAUGUUUAUCAUCACGAGCUUCAUAUGCAACUGAUUUAAUAUUAGAAAUUAAUUUUGCACCCAAUUGUCAACAUGCAAGUACUUCUUAUCCAACUUUUUAUUAUCAAGUUUUUAAUGUUCUUUUUCGAAACCUGACCGAUGAUGAGGAUACUGUAGAUACAUUAUCAUAA